AUGCAAAUUUCCCACAGGGUGGAGACUGAUCGUGCUUUGAGUCUGGCUAGUUUGGGACUAAGAAAUAUCGGACAUCCCCUGAGAAGGAACUGGAAACUGAGGACGGACCCUGCCUGGAUCUGAGCAGAUAUCAGUUUCUGAUGGAGCCCUCACCCCUAGAGCUACCGGUUGAUGCAGUGCGGCGCAUCGCGGCUGAACUCAAUUGUGACCCAACAGAUGAGAGGGUUGCUCUCCGCUUGGAUGAGGAAGAUAAACUGAGUCAUUUUAGAGACUGUUUUUAUAUCCCCAAAAUGCGGGACCUGCCUUCAAUCGAUCUGUCUUUGGUGAAUAAGGAUGACAAUGCCAUCUAUUUCCUGGGAAAUUCCCUUGGACUUCAGCCGAAAAUGGUUAGGACAUACCUGGAGGAAGAGCUAGAUAAGUGGGCCAAGAUGGGAGCCUACGGUCAUGAUGUAGGGAAACGCCCUUGGAUUACAGGGGAUGAGACCAUUGUAAGUCUUAUGAAGGACAUUGUAGGAGCCCAUGAGAAAGAAAUAGCUCUAAUGAAUGCUUUGACUGUUAAUUUACAUCUCCUGCUGUUAUCAUUCUUUAAGCCUACGUCAAAGCGGCACAAAAUUCUUCUAGAAGCCAAAGCCUUCCCUUCUGAUCAUUAUGCUAUUGAGUCACAGAUUCAACUUCAUGGACUUGAUGUUGAGAAAAGUAUGCGGAUGAUAAAGCCAAGAGAGGGGGAGGAGACCUUGAGGAUGGAGGACAUACUAGAAGUAAUCGAGAAGGAAGGAGACUCGAUUGCAGUGAUCCUGUUCAGUGGAGUGCACUUCUAUACCGGACAGCUGUUCAACAUUCCUGCCAUUACAAAAGCCGGACAUGCAAAGGGCUGUUUUGUUGGCUUUGACCUAGCACAUGCCGUUGGAAAUGUCGAACUCCACUUACAUGACUGGGGUGUUGACUUUGCCUGCUGGUGUUCCUACAAGUAUUUAAAUUCAGGAGCCGGUGGUCUGGCUGGUGCCUUUGUCCACGAGAAACAUGCUCAUAGUAUCAAGCCUGUGUUAGUGGGAUGGUUCGGCCAUGAACUCAGUACAAGAUUCAACAUGGAUAACAAACUACAACUAAUCCCUGGGGCCAAUGGAUUCCGAAUUUCCAACCCUCCCAUUUUGUUGGUCUGCUCCUUGCAUGCCAGUUUAGAGGUCUUUCAGCAAGCAACUAUGACUGCGCUGAGGAGAAAAUCCAUUCUGCUGACAGGUUAUCUGGAAUACAUGCUCAAGCAUUACCACAGCAAAGACAACGCAGCAAACAAUGGGCCAGUUGUGAAGAUAAUCACCCCAUCCAGAGUAGAGGAGCGAGGCUGCCAGUUAACGCUGACCUUUUCCAUUCCCAAGAAAAGCGUCUUUAAGGAACUAGAAAAAAGAGGAGUCGUUUGUGACAAGCGAGAACCAGAUGGCAUCCGUGUGGCGCCUGUUCCUCUCUAUAAUUCUUUCCAUGAUGUUUAUAAGUUCAUCAGACUGCUCACUUCCAUACUUGACUCUACAGAAAGAAACUAGCCAUCCUUUCUAGAGUAACUCAAGUAAAUCUCACUGAAACGUGCUGGAGUUUUAGUCAUUAAAAAGUAUCCAGAAACUGAUUGCAUAGAAAUGAUGAUAAUUAUAAAAACUUACAUAAAACCUGGUACAAGUUUUCAUAUCUAUGUCGCUGGGGAAUGUGGUGUCCUGUGGACUAGGAAGUCACACUUGUCAUGACUCCAACUAUAGAUGACAGUCUUGAUCACCUGUCACAUUCCAUGGUCACUGAAACAUUUUCUCUUUAAUUUGUGACUGAACUGACAACAUUACAAUAUAUGUGGACUUCUUGUAUAGAUAUUGGAAGCAUUGCUUUAAUUUUGAUACCAAAACAGUUUUAUUUUAAUACUUGUAAUUGAGUCAUCUGAAAUAUCUUUGAUAUUAUGAUGUUUCAUCUAAUUCCAGAAAAAGAAAACAGACUUUUUAAGUUGUUACAAUCUCUCUCUCUCUCUCUCUCUCUCUCUCUCUCUCUCUCUCUCUCUCCCUCCCUCCACCCACUUCUCUCCUGCCUACCCUCACUACUCUGUGUGUGUGUGUGUGUGUGUGUGUGUGUGUAUGUGUGUGUGUGUGUAUACCCAUGAUGUAAGUGACAAUGCAUAAAUGUUGAAGUUAUUUGGACCUGCAUCCCCAUGUGAGGCCAGAGGUCAAUCACUGUUCCAGUUUUUAUGUAUUUAUUGUUAUCUGUAUGUGUAUUUUGCCUACAUGUUUGUCUGUCAUGUCAUGCCUUGUCUAUAGAAGCUAGAAGAUGGCAUCAGAUCACUUGGGACUAGAAUUACAGAGCUUCUGUGUGGAUACUAGGGUUCGAAGCCAGGUCCUUUAGAAGAAUAGUCAAUGCUCUUUUCCUUUGAAACAUCUCUCCAGCCCUUCCUCCUCCUAUUUUGAUACAGGAUUUCUCCCCAAUCCUGGAACUCACUCCUUCAGGUAGUGAGGCUGGCCAGUGAGUCUUCAGAGUGUCUCUGUCUCUGCACACUGAUGAGUGCUGGGUUCCAGCUAUACACUGCUGCACAUAGAUUUUUAAGUCUACUGAGAUCUGAACACAGUCGUUGUGUUUGUGCAGCAACCACUUCAUCCACCAAGCCAUCCCCAGUCAUUGGUUUUUGAUGCCAAUACUGGUGUGCAUUUAUUGGCAAAGUGUUCUAAAUUUGCAUGUAUAAAGAGCAAAUUAUAAUGAUUUGAUUAACUUGAAUAAAGCACUCUCAGUCAGACAGACUCUUCCCUCCACCUCCAGUUUUCGAAACUGGGUUUCUCUGUGUAGUCCUGACUGUCCUGGAACUCACUCUAUAGACCAGGCUGGCCUCGAACUCAGAAAUCUGCCUGCCUCUGCCUCCCAAGUGCUGGGAUCAAAGGUGUGUGCCACCACUGUCUGGCAGACAGAUUCUUUGAUGCAAUGAAUAAUAAGAUAGAGACUGUGGCAAUACCUGGGAACAUACACAACACUCUUGUUUACCUAGCAUAUCAGUUCCAAGUGUUCCAUGCAUAUCUUUAUUAAUGUAGCAAAGCUUUCCACUGCUUUAUUUUACCUUCAUUAAUGGAGUGGCUAUCAUGAUCUCGAACCUCACCCUUAAAUGGAUUCCUAUGUGUGAUUGUUUUUGGGUCUCUCAGUGGUCUACAAAAAGGACACGGUUUCUAACUUCAAGGAACAUAGUACCCUGGAGCUCAGCCAUUAAUCAUGGAAAAAUAAAAUAAAUACUUAAUUAUAAUUAAUAGCACCUCUUAAUGAUGCCCUAGCUGGCUCUCUGUUGUUGGGCUAAAUGUCAUUCUGACUAGUGUUCCUUCAUCUUGACAUAGGCUAGACUCAUUUGGGAAGAGGGAACCUUUACUGAGAAAAUGCAGCCACCAGAUGGGCCUGUGAAGCAAGAUUGUGGUAUAUGUUCUAAAUCAAUGAUUGCUGUGGGAGAGCCCAGCUCACUUGGGCUGAUGCUACCUCUUGAUAGGUGGGCCUGGGUGCUAUAAGGCAGUCUAAGAAAGCUAUGAAGAAACAGUCAGUAAACAUUCCUCCAUGGCUUCUGUUUUAGUCUCUGCCUCCAGUUUUCUGUCCCACCUUCCUUAAAUGAUGACUCCCAGGCUAUAAUGUGAAACAAGCCAUUUCUUUCCAAGUUGCUUUUGGUCAUAAUGUUUUAUCACAGCAAUAGAAACCUUUACCAAGACAAAUGCCGUAACCAAAACUGACUUAGAGAUGAAGUGGUUUAUUUUACCUUAUAGGGUCCAUUGUUAAAGGAAGUCAGGGCAGGAACUCCAGCAGGAGAGGAGUUUUAAGCAGAAACCAUGGAGGCACUCUCCUUACUAGCUUGUUUGCAGGCUUCUGUUCAGCUAUUUCUCUUACAGAGAUCCCAGGCCCAUUUACCCAGGGAUGACAUGACUCACAAGGACUGGGCCUCCUAUAUCAAUUAACAAUCAAGUUAAUGCCCAUAAACAUGCCCACAGGCCAAUCUGCUGAAAGUAAUAUCCCAAAUGAAAUUCAGAUAAGUCUGGGUUGUCAAGUUGAAGGGUAAAAGAUAACUAGAGAGUUGGCACUAUGAAUUGGAAGACUUAAGGCUCUAGCAGGCCUUGCCUUUCCCCCAUCCCCUCCGUUUUGCUAAACUGUUAUAUUACAUUCUGAAAGCUAUUCACCAAGGUCUAUUCCUUUAUUUAGCUACUUCUUCCUUUUGAGGUGAACCACUAAACAAACCAACUCAUCCUAACACAAGUUUCCCGAUUUCCCUUUAUAAACUUCCAUUUGCCUAUGGGCCAUGCCUGUCUCCUCUCUGUUCAUGUGCAGUUCUUUGUCCCUCCAGGACAAGCAUUUCUUUUCCUCAACCCCCUUCUUCCUUUACCUUCUGCCUCAUCCUGUAUCUCUGGUCUUUGUCUCUUAUUGCUUGUCUUUUGUCCUAUGGGACAAAAUAAAUCUCCUUUGUGCUGAGAACUUA